GGGCCGCGCGCUCUACUCCGGCUCUGGCCUUAGAGCGCGCGGCGGGACUGCCAACGGCGGGCUCCGUGUCGCGGGUGGGGCGGAGGGCAACGGCAGGAGGCGGGCAGCGAGCAGGGCGGGGAGCCGGGUUAGGCCUGUCUGGUCGCCGCGGGAUCGGGGAAGGGCCGGCGGCGGCGCCGCCUCUUCCCGGUCUCCCAGAGGCCUGAGCACCUGCGGGCGGCGGCGCGCUCUCCUGGCCAUGUCGGAGGCUCUGCCCGCCUUCCUCGACCGGCUGUGGGGGCCCUGGCUGAGUCCUCGGACUCCGCCUGUGCGGGGGCUCAGCGCCGCCUCCCCUUCCAAGAGUUUUCUUGGAGGCUUUUUUGGACCCAUUUGUGAGAUCGAUGUUGUCCUUAAUGAUGGGGAGACCAGGAAAAUGGCUGAAAUGAAAACUGAAGAUGGCAAAGUAGAAAAACACUAUCUUUUCUAUGACGGAGAAUCCGUUUCAGGAAAGGUAAACCUAGCCUUUAAGCAACCUGGAAAGAGGCUAGAGCACCAAGGAAUUAGAAUUGAAUUUGUAGGUCAAAUUGAACUUUUCAAUGACAAGAGUAAUACUCAUGAAUUUGUAAACCUAGUGAAAGAACUAGCCUUGCCUGGAGAAUUGACUCAGAGCAGAAGUUAUGAUUUUGAAUUUAUGCAAGUUGAAAAGCCAUAUGAAUCUUACAUCGGUGCCAAUGUCCGCUUGAGGUAUUUUCUUAAAGUGACAAUAGUAAGAAGACUGACAGACUUGAUAAAAGAAUAUGAUCUUAUUGUUCACCAGCUUGCCACAUAUCCUGAUGUUAACAACUCGAUUAAGAUGGAAGUAGGCAUUGAAGAUUGUCUACACAUAGAAUUUGAAUAUAAUAAAUCAAAGUAUCAUCUAAAGGAUGUGAUUGUUGGAAAAAUUUACUUUUUAUUAGUAAGAAUAAAAAUCCAACAUAUGGAGUUGCAACUGAUCAAAAAAGAGAUCACAGGAAUUGGACCCAGUACCACCACAGAAACAGAAACAAUUGCUAAAUAUGAAAUAAUGGAUGGCGCACCAGUAAAAGGUGAAUCAAUCCCAAUAAGACUAUUUUUAGCAGGAUAUGAUCCAACCCCUACAAUGCGAGAUGUGAACAAAAAAUUUUCAGUAAGGUACUUUUUGAAUCUAGUCCUUGUUGAUGAGGAAGACAGAAGGUACUUCAAGCAGCAGGAGAUCAUUUUAUGGAGAAAAGCUCCUGAAAAGUUGAGGAAACAGAGAACAAACUUUCACCAGCGAUUUGAAUCACCAGAAUCACAGGCAUCUGCUGAACAGCCCGAAAUGUGAACUGAAUAGGAGAAAAAAAGAAAAGCAAAAAACUCCUAUGUCCAUUGAGAUGAAGUUCAGCUUGUUAAAGAUGGCUGCAGCUUGUGGGGGGGGGAAAGGCCAAAACUCCAUUUAUAAUAGUCUUCCUUUAUCUUACAGUGCUGCAUUUAUUUUAUGAUACAACUAAAUAUUCUUCAUGUAUAUACAUUAAAAAAAAAAGCGCUUUCUUUGAAACACUGGAACUUUCUUAAGCUGCCGUUUUUUCUUUUUUUUCUUUCCUUUUUUUUUUUAACUGCAUACUUUGACCUGAUGAUAAGCACCCAGAUAUGCAUAAACAUAAACAUUAAAGAUUUUCAUGUGAGUAGGCUGGUAUUUGUAAUUUUGCUUUUCUUCGUAAUGUUGAUUAUACUUUUCUCCUUUUUCAUGCUAACAAUUACCUCUAUUCUCUACAUGCAAAAAAUUAAAUAGUUUGUGUUCAAAUAGAAAUAGAAAAAUUGACUGGGCCUUAUAUCUGGCAAAGAUUUAAAACAUGGCAUCUCAAUAUUUUUGAGAAAUACAUUUAUGUUUCUACAUAUGUGUUUGAGAAAUACAUAUGGAGUGUUUCACUGUAGGUGCUUUCGAUUCUACCAUUCCGUGGCUUCCUGAAUUGUAUCUUCUUUGAAGUUCUGUGGUGUGAAUGUUAAAAUUUUUCCCUGAGAUUAUGUGGCAUGUCACAGUGGCCUGCUUGCUUGCCUGAUACUCUCUUCCUCCCUCCCUCCCUUCCUCUUUUCUGUUCUUUUUCUUUCAUUCUUUCUUUCCUUUCUCUCUCUCUUUCUUUUUUUGCCAUAUUAAGUAACUAUUUUGCUACUACUAUCCAGCAGGUACCACUGUAUGUUUUCUGCAAUGUAGAGUUGACUCUAUGUUGGUGUUUUAGUUACAACUAUAUAAUUUUUCUAUAACUACUUAAAAUUUUUUUUUAAUUUAAGGCAUCUUUUUACCACAUACAUACAAAUAUAAUUUUCUUGCCUUCACAAAUACUCUCUUCCCUUUCCAGGAGAAAAUUUGAGGAUGGGGAACUCAGGAGGACCUGUGAAGCACAUAGUUAUCUAGAUCUGGACAAUUUCAUGUUUGUUAAACUGGAACUUUGGCUAGUUCAAACUGAAAUGUAAUUUCACCCACUCUGUUUAAAUUUUGCUAACACUAAAUUCAAGUCAUUCAUUCAAAGUUCCAAAAGAAGGUUUCAGUCAUCUGUUCAUAUGCAUGGGGUCUGAUCUCAGAUACACUAAAUGUGGGGUGUAGGAACUAAAAUGAAGCCUGCCGUGUGAAACUACUUUCACUAAGGGUUCACUGGUUUUUGUACCAAUAUUUUUUUAUACACUUUAGCGCAAGUCUUGUCCGUUAACCUUACUUUAUGAGUAAGCUAAGUAACCCAAAUUACAUUUCUUUAAACCUGUUUACUACUAUGGCACUUUGAUAAAAUGGUCAGUAACCAACUUCAUUACCUGCAAAAGGUUCCAUGUACCAUGUGCUGGAGCAUCUAUUUUAAAUGUGGCUAUCUGUGAAUGGUAAUGUUUUCCUUCGUGUAAGUGCCUGUUCAGAGUUUCAAAAUUUAAAAAUGCCAAAUAUUUUCAUGGUCACAUGCAUGUAGUAAUCUAGGAACUAUUCGAAGAAAUUUUGGAAACCAAUUGUGUUUAACCAGCCUCAAAUUGUGCAACCAUGAUGUAUAAUAAAGGAUUUGAAAUGAU